UCGUCACAGAAAAAUUUUGGACAGAAAACAAAACAGCUGCCAUGUAUUUCUCUAUUUGCUUUCUCGUCGUUUUAACAUUGGCAUCCAAUUCUUGUGAUGCACAGUUUGGACAACCCAUUGGUGGAUUUGGAGGCCUUGGUGGAUUUGGAGGCUUUGGUGGCUUAAGAGGUAUGGGUGGACUUGAAGAAGGAUUUGGUGAUAUGGGUGGUCUAGAAGGAAUGGGUGGACUUGAAGGAGGAUUUGGCGAUAUGGGUGGUCUAGGAGGAAUGGGGGGACUUGAAGGAGGACUUGGCGAUAUGCGUGGUCUAGGAGAAAUGGGUGGACUUGAAGGAUUUGGCGAUAUGAGUGGUCUAGGAGGAAUGGGUGGACUUGAAGGAGGAUUUGGCGAUAUGGGUGGCCUAGGAGGAAUGGGUGGACUUGAAGGAUUUGGCGAUAUGGGUGGACUAGAAGGUAUGGGUGGAUUUGGAGGAGAACUUGGCAGCAUGGGUGGUUUAGAAGGCAUGGAUGGACUUGAAGCAAUGGGCUUGGGAGAUGGUGGCAUGGGAGGAGUCAGCAACUAUGCCCCUUUGAUUCCUACAGAUGACGAGAGGAAAAUGUGUGAAGUUGAGGCCGAAGACAAAGGAAAGACCUUGAUAAAUGUGGAAAAGGUGGUGAAAAAGACGUGCGAAGUUGUGUGCAGAAUGGAAGAUGGGGAUAAAUCAGUGUUAAUGUCACCUGAAGGUACUAUGUGUUGUGACAUCGGUGGCGUUGGACCAACAGGAAAAUGUAACGGAAGUGGGAAGUGCGUUAUGUUUAUAGACUGAAGCUUUAGAAAUUCAACUUCUCCCUAAAACAGAGCAUUCUGGAAUUUCUUUAUAAAACAAAUAUUUUCACUUAAUAUUAUUUGUAUUAUUUUUUAUAAGUUUUCAAAAUAAAGUUUCUUUUAAUCA